CUUAUCUAUGAAUAGAAUAUUGGUUUCCAGGCAGCUAGCAGAGAGAGCCCAAGAAAGUUAGUUCUUUCCUCUCUGUCGUUUUUGUUUUGUUUUGGGCUUAUCUAGCUAGAUUUAAGCUGCUGUGUUUCUUUGGGUGUGAGGAUUUGUGAUGAGAAGCAGAUUAAAUGGAACAAUUUGGGUUAAUGGCUCAUAAUCAUGAUCAUCGUCGUAAUCGUAAUCAUCAGAUCCCGCUGUCAAGCGGUGGUUGUUCCCCAAAAGCUUCGAUUACAACUGAACCGCCUUCCUCCCUCGAAGAAGGAUUGAAGCCGCCGACGAGCAUUAAUGUUCAUUCUCUCUCACAAGUUCCUUCAUCGUCGGCAGGAGACGAUGUUAGCUCCUCUUCCACAAUCAACGCUCAUAAGAUAAUAGCGGAGCUGGUGGGGAGCUACGUGGUCGUCUUCGUAGGGUGCGGUUUCAUUAUGGAGAGCAAGUCGUCGGAGAUGGGUGUAGUGAGCGUGGGAGCGGCGUGGGGGCUUGCCUUUAUGGUCAUGAUUUACGCUCUCGGCCACGUCUCCGGUGGCCAUUUCAACCCGGCCGUCACCGUUGCUCUGGCGGCUUCCUGCAGCUUCCCGUGGAAACAGGUUGCGGGGUACGUGGCAGCGCAGGUGGCAGGGUCGUCGCUGGCGGUGUUGAGCCUGUCGUUUCUGUUCGAUCACCGGAGUGAGGUGGACGUGAAGGUGACGGUGACGAGGCUGCAAGGAUCGGUGUCGUGUUCGCAAGGCUUGGCGUGGGAGUUCGUCACGUCUUUCUUUCUCAUGCUCACCAUUUGUGGCGUCGCCGUUGACCCCAGAGCUAUACAGGAGCUAUCAGGGAUCACCAUCGGAGCUGCAGUGAUGUUUAAUGUUAUGAUUGCCGGGAAUAUGACGGGAGCAUCAAUGAACCCAGCAAGAAGCAUUGGGCCUGCUCUUGUGAACAGAGAAUUCCACAAUCUCUGGAUCUAUGUUGUUGGCCCAAUUGUUGGCAUGCUGGCCGCCACCGCCAUCUACACUGUCCUGCUCACCCACAACCACAACCACAACCACUCGGAGAUCAAUUCGACGUCGGCCGGUAAGGAGACCUCCAAAUAAACCGUCUGUCCGUCUCCGUACGUACGUGAGAAACGACGAUCCCCAACCCAGCUGCUUCUUGGGCAGUUGUAGGUAUUAGCUAUGUUUAACACAUGUGCCUUCAUGUAUGGAUCCCUGGAGAACGAGAAUACAUAAAUAUAUAGUCUUCCUGCAUUCAAAUUUAUUUAAUUAGGGGGGAAGAAAUAGAAACAAACAUGUUGGGAGAUGUUUUUGUAGUGGUACAUCUUUGAAAUAAGCUAAUUCCAUACCG